GGGCAGCGGCGCGGGGGGCAGCGGGCGGCUGCGGCUUUAAGAGCUCCCACAAUGCCGUGCUGGUGCCCCAGUUCCGUUACAUGUCUCUCCUGGUGAAGGGGAGCCAGAGCGAGGCAGGAAGGAGGUGGGGGUGGCGGCGGGAGCGCGCCCGCCCCGAGCGCAGGACGCGCGCCCCGAGCGCCGCCGGGCAGCGGCGGCGGCACCGCUCGGCGGGGCGGGGGGAGGAGCUGGGCGCCCGGGCCGCGGCAGGCGAGCGAGCGCAGACGCAGCGCGGGGCAGAGCGAGCGGCGCCGCGCAGAGCCGCUGGGCGCUGCGCCCCGCGCCGCCCCCCGCCAGGCGCGAGGCGGAGCUGCUGGCCGUUGGGGCUGUCCGGCGGAGCCGCCGCGGGACGGGCGGCGGGGCGCCGAGCCGCCGCGGCCGGAGCGUCAUGCCUGCCUUACAGAUCUGGGGUCACAUAAGCAACACAUUCUAAUCCGCCUUAACCUUGGACGAAGUGAAUUAAAUUAUGGGAAAAGGCCUACUGAGAAAAAGAAUAAAGAAAUAGAGGUGGUGAAGUAUCCUUCAACCAGAGAAGUUAUCUUCUUGGGAUACAGGGGGUGAAGUACUUGCCUUAUUACAUCAUCUCUGUAGUGUUUCAAAAGAAGCUUGAGAGACUAAGGGCCGUGACUUGCUGAGUUCUUAACAAGCCAAUAUGCAUCUGCUGAGCUGUGCAACUCACCUUCUCAGCAGAGUUGGUGCUUUUAUCUGGAGUAGAAGACUGUGCUAAGCCCACCGCACAAUUGCAUUCCUGUCUCUCUCCACCUGCAGGAUUAUGAAACCUCAAGUGAGCUUUCUGCCUCCACCUCUUUCCACUUGCUUCAAGAGACAUUUGUAUGCUAUUGGAGCUGCUGAGUCUGCUGCAUUGUUUCUGGUAUAUCUACAACUAUGACUUGACUGACUUGCAUUCAUGGCUCUUGGAUGAUCUGGUGAACCAUGGAGCUCAAAGUAUGGGUGGAUGGAGUCCAGAGAAUUGUUUGUGGGGUGACUGAAGUCACAACAUGCCAGGAGGUUGUGAUAGCUCUUGCUCAGGCCAUUGGUCGCACCGGCAGGUACACGCUGAUAGAAAAAUGGAGAGAUACAGAGAGGCACUUGGCGCCUCAUGAAAAUCCCAUCAUCUCGCUGAACAAAUGGGGACAAUACGCCAGCGACGUGCAGUUAAUACUGCGUCGCACUGGGCCCUCCCUGAGCGAGAGGCCAACUUCAGACAGCGUUGCUCGAAUACCAGAGAGAACUUUGUAUCGGCAAAGCUUACCUCCGUUAGCCAAGUUGAGGCCCCAGAAUGACAAAUCAAUAAAAAGGAGAGAGCCAAAAAGGAAAUCUCUGACUUUCACUGGGGGGGCAAAAGGAUUAAUGGACAUUUUUGGUAAAAGUAAAGAAUCCGAGUUCAAGCAAAAGGUGCUCAACAACUGUAAAACAACAGCAGAUGAGCUGAAGAAACUGAUUCACCUCCAGACAGAGAAACUUCAGUGCAUUGAAAAACAGCUGGAGUCCAAUGAUGCUGAGAUCCGCUACUGGGAACAAAAGUAUAAUUCCAGCCUGGAGGAAGAAAUUCUCAAACUAGAGCAGAAGAUCAAAAGGAAUGAAGUAGAGAUUGAAGAGGAAGAAUUCUGGGAAAAUGAGCUACAGAUUGAGCAAGAGAAUGAAAAACAGCUGAAGGAGCAGCUCCAGGAGAUGAGGCAGAGGAUUCUGGAGUGUGAAAGCAAGCUAAAGGAAUACAUGUCUCAAAUCCACAGUAUGGAAAGUGGCCUUGAAGCAGAGAAGUUGCAGCGGGAAGUUCAAGAAUCCCAAGUGAAUGAAGAAGAGGUCAAAGAAAAGAUUGAGAAGGUGAAAGGUGAAAUUGAUAUUCAGGGCCAGCAAAGUCUAAGAUUGGAAAAUGGCAUUAAAGCUGUAGAAAGGUCUUUGGGCCAAGCUACCAAACGGUUACAGGACAGGGAGCAAGAACUGGAGCAGCUGACAAAGGAGCUGCGACAAGUCAAUCUCCAGCAGUUUAUCCAGCAAACAGGAACGAAGGUCACAGUGCUGCCAGCAGACCCCGUUGAGGUGGAGGCCCCGCACAUGGAGCUUGAGAGAGAGACAACAUUUCAGUCUGGGUCACUGAAACGCCCUGGCUCAUCAAGGCAACUCCCCAGUAACCUUCGAAUUCUACAGAAUCCCCUGUCAUCUGGUUUUAACCCAGAAGGCAUUUAUGUAUGACAGUAUAUACCUCUUCUGGAGAGGACCUAGAAAGGUACCCCAGACAAGAUACACAUUUUUUUUUUUUUUUAAUUCUACCAAUGAUGAAUGGAAGAAGCUUUUCUGUUAACCACCAUAUUUUAAUUUCCUUCUUCUUCUGACACACCACUUGGAGCCAUACCGUGUGCACUGAUGCUAAAGAACAGAGGAACUGUUUCAAUUCAUAAUUGGCAAUGAUGAACUUGCUGUCACACAGCUAGAGUGCAAAAGCCUUCACUUAUUUUUGCCUCGAAGUGUUUGGGAAAGUAUUAUUCAAUGUAUAGGCAUAAAUAAAAGACUGAGCAGGGUGAAGGAAACCAUGUAUGCAACUGAUCUGAGGUUUAAUUUAUUCCCUUUAAUCAAUGGACAUGUGAAUGUUGACCUUUUAUAUUUUUAUUUUUAACUUGUGAAUAACCAUGUACUGUUGUACAUCAGUCUGACAAGGUGACUUUAAUUUGUGUGUACAAACUUCCAGCAUUUGAUCAAGUAUAACAACUUGCAAUGCAGAGUUGUUUUGUGGAGUGCUGAACCUUUAAAAUGGUUUCUCACCACUGAUUUUGUUAAUUUCUGUUGUGGGUCAUAAUAUGUUGUGUUCCAUCCAUUGCUACCUUUUAAGACCUGAAAAAGUGAGUUUGUGGGAUUUACUUGCUGUUGAGUCUGCCUUGACAGAAGCACCUAGUGUUCAAAAGAUUUAUGGAAUUUAAACCUUGUCUUGAUAAGAAUAUUUCCAGCAUAUGAUUGAAGAUGCACUAGUUAGAUGAUAUUUUAUUAUAUAGAAUGUAUAUUUGAAAUAUUUUGCCACAUUGUAUAUGCCUUUUGAGAAAAGAACAAUGUAAGGAGUUGUCUUCAUAUGUCUUACCAGAAGAGGGUAGGAGGCUUUCACUGUGUGUGAUUUUGUACUUUAUUUUUUCCACUAGCCGUUACAGUGUUCUUGUUUUGCAGUAAAUCUUGUUGUUGGAGGAGAGAGAAACAAAACAAAUGAACAUCCUCUUCCAGCCUUCCAGAAUUCACUCGUGUUCUGUGGAGGGAAGAAACCUGGUAGAGAGUCCUGUGAAGCCAAUAGCAGAGCUUCUACUGACUUGGGCGGGGCCAGGACUUCAUUUCAGGUCCCCGGUGCUAAAUGGUAAAACUGUUAGCCCCUUUGGAAGAUACUUUGCUGUUCAGUGCCCUUACAGAACAUAAAGCUUACAAAGAGGAAUGAGAGGAAAUUCACACAUUUGGUAGUAAACUUCAUUUACUUUUUACAAUAACAUAUUAAGGGAUGGCAUUAAAUAUCUUGAGGCCACUCUAAUGAAAUCAAAGCUAACCAAGGUUUAGAGAAAAAAGGUCCCAUGCAGAAAGAAAGAUACUGCCAAGCAGAUGUGUUGGUUACAGUCCUUGAACUUAGAUUGAUAAAAUGGACACCAAGUUUGUAGAGAUGGUUAUUGGCAUCAGUGGGACACUUUGUAUGCACCAGGAAUCUAGCCUCAGGGAUGAGAUGGAAAAUGGAUAGGCUUUACCUAGUUGUAUUUGGAUUUCCUAUUCUAACAGCAAUGCAUACUGUUACCCACACCUUUGCAAUCCCCUUGACAUCAGAGGGAGCCAUAGUGCUUUCACUGCAGUACUUAAUUUAGGUCCCCAGAGCAAAAAAGUGAACAGGAGCCCCUCACUCCAGUCAGUGGCAAAAUGGCAAAACUCCUAUGACUUUGGUAGAAUCAGGAUUUUAUCAAUGGUUAGGAAACUCCAAGCUUUUUGCCAUAGAAAAUACUUUUAAAAUUCUUAACUCCUAGCAUCCUCUUGUGUGGAUUUACUGAUGUGCAGAUAAAUGUUAAUUAAAAAGUGUUUUGGGGGUUGUUUUUUGUUUGUUUUUAAGGAGCUUCUUCGUCAUACUGACAAGUGGAAGUUUUAUAAGAUAUAGUAGAAGAUGAAGGACUCUUGAGUGUUUAAUGCAUUUUUUUCCCUUUUCACUUACUAAUGGCAUCAGAUAUUCUAAAGAUGCUGCUGUAUUUAGACUAACAGCAACAGAUAAGGCUGUGAAUAUAUAAAGGACCUUUUCAAAUGGACUCUGAAUUUUUACUGUUCAACUUGUCAGGUCUGUCUUGUGAGCAAACUGGAAAAUGAGAUGUUCUUACCCAAGCAAUCUUUGCAGUGCUCACAGAUUUUACUGUUAGUUUAUCACAAUUCUGUGCUUAUGUUUACUGUGCCCAUAACUUUCUUUGUAUUGAAAAGAGAAUGUGCGUGUGUAUAUAUGUGUGUGUAUAUGUAUAUGUUUAUAUAUAUACACACAUUUUAUAUAUAUAAAUAUCAGUGCAAAAUAUACAUACUUUGGGGACAAUAUCUGUCCAAGGUACUUGAGCAUAUAUGCCUUACAUUCUGGGUUCAAUUUAUAGAAAUAAAACAGCCCUCCUGCAGAUAUUUUGCAUCUUCAACACCUUUUGAUGUUAGAGAACUGAGAUGCUCAGCACCUUGCCAAGUCUGGCGCAAAUUAUGCUGCAUGGGGGAGAAACACACAUGGAAAAGCUUGUUUCAAACUCAGUUAUGUACUGAGACAAAGUAUUUUUAAGGCAGAUUUGCAUAUUUAUGCAGCUAAUGUUUUUGUCAUGCUUAAAGUGACUGAUCCAUCUCCCAUAGAUUUAAGUCUGAGCUGAAUUGGGCUCUUCACUCAUAAAAACUGCUAUCUUUCUCUGCCAGAUUAUUCUUUGAAAUGGAGAGAGGAGGAAAAUGAUUUAAAAAGGCAGGAGAAGAGGGGCUUUGGAGGGCGUGAGGUAUGGCUUCAUAACAUAAUCCAGGAAGGAGUUUCCCAUUUAAGUUAAAAAUUGGCAUCUGCAGAUCUCAGCAGCUGUUUGACAGAGGAGCAAGCUGGGAGCUGCCUCAAGAGCGGCUGCUGCAUUGAGUGGACCCUCCCUGUCAGAGCUUUAGCAUAUGUCAAGGUGGUCUGAGAAGUGUGUACAGCUUCAGCCACUGUCAUGGUAAAGGAGAGGCUUUGGUAUCUCAACCUGUCACAUGAGACAGUGACAAAAUGUUUUCCCCCACAAUGUUCCUGAUGCUCAUUGAACUUCACCCAGGUUAAAGCUCUGUAGCAUUUUCACCAUCUCUGUAAAUAAAUCAAAAAGAAAUGGCAUGUCCUUGCAUUAUAUGUGAAUUGAACAAUGUAUUACAACUCUAAAAUUUUCUCACAUUAUAGUGUUAAGAGUUUUGCGUCUGAUCAACUUCAGAACCUCACUCUUUUCUUUACAAAAGUAGAAAUACUCAUUUUCAGAAGUGUUUCACACCUGCUUAUGGGGCAUUAGCAGAAAGGAAGCUGUUCAUACUAAUUUUAACAAGUGCCGUAUUAUGUACUGGCCAGCAUGAUAAAUACGGAGGGUUUUUCUGCAUUAAAUAGUUGAAUACACAAGCACUAAUUUUCCAGUGCACAGGGAAUUUAUAUGGAGUACUCUUUACUAAUGGGAAUUAAAUGUGUUACCUCUCUCAUCCAUGAGGAUACAGUUUAUUUUUGCUGAUCAUGCUAUGUUGUUGAGGGAAAAGGGAGAGUGACUGUUGGGAAAGCAGAUAGGUUAAGGCUAAUGGAAAAACUUCUAAAUGCCCAAGCUAUGGAGAAAGUAGAGUCCCCCUUCGAAAAGUGAGCUAGGAACCUACCUCCCAUUAUCUUUCAGUGGGACUUAGGCUCCCAAGUGCCUGAAUCGCUUCUGAAAAUGGUGUGUUAGCUUUCAGAUUACUUGCUUCUCUAAACCCCUGCAAGUUGGAAGGAAGUUGUUUAAUAAGAGAACCACCACUAGCAUUAGAAAUACACAAACAUACUUUGUGUGAGGUGAGAGGGAAAAGAUCCUUUAGAGAAAUAAAAAUCUCUCUGGGGGCAAUAAUUGCCUUCUUUUUAGCAUGCAGAGUAUUGCAUUAUUCUAGUGAACUGGGAUCACAUGAGUAUGAGCAAAAGCUGAUCUUGUAAUUUUUAGUGAGUUAUCUUGAAGCAUAUAAAUUCCUGAUGUGCAUUAACUUGAGUGAAUUGGGCCUUAAUGAUCCAUGUAAAUAACAACUGUAUUCAGAUAUUUUUCCAGAAAAUAGUCUCUAAUGGCCUGUACUGUAUUAAAAUAAGUGUCAAAGUGUUACUUUUAUAUUACACUUUUUUCUUUUUAGAACAUUGAAACAUGCAUGUCUAUUCUAUUUGCUACAGUAUUUUAAUGUUUUGGAUGAAGGCCAUCAGCUGUAUGGAGAUGACAAAACAAUCAUUCUGUCUAUUUAUUCAGUAUUGCUGCUUAAAGUUUUCAAAAUAAAGCUUUCAAUGCAAAUAUAGUGACUGAUUGAAAGCUGUUCUAGCUCUGUUCAGAUGCUUUUUUUUGUAUGUUUAUAGAAAACUAAGUAAGUGAAACUUGGUAUAUAAACUGUUAUACCAGCAGAGAAUUAUUGCAAUAAUAUUGUGGGGAGGGGUUGGGUGUAUGUGUGUGUAGUAUAUACAUAAAUACAUGCAUGCAGUGAAGGCAUUUAGGACUCAAGUAAAUGGAGUGCUGAAGAAUGUUUAAAUCCUUUGCUGUCUUGCAAGCAACCUAUGCACGUGAUCACAUACUGGUUAAUGCUUGAUACCAGUGUGCUAUGCUUAUUAGAGACAGAACAAGUAAAGAUGGUCAUAAAGGUAACUCAGAGCCCUUUGGACCAAAUGGGAUUUAUACACAUUCUUGAGCAUGCCAUAGAUAUGUUUCUGAACUGGGCCUAAAAGCAUGUUCUGAUCCAAAAAUAUUUCUGUUGCAGCAAGGAUGCCUCAUUUCAAGCAUAGCUGGUAUCUCUGAAAACUUUAGUAGUACUGAGAUGGAUGAAGUAUGCCCGCUGUAUUUAGUAAAGAGUAUCAAAAUGCAGAGAACGAUCACCCCCAUGAAUAUGGUCAUCCAGUGAAACUGCUAACUGGGGGUUCUGACUGGAAGAUUUGAGUUGCUGAAGCUUUAACUUUGAGAAACAAUGCAAACUAACUGUGAAAACACAAGUGAGCAUUUUAUUACUGCUCUGCUUCAAUGCAAGAUGAAAAUCUGUAUUAUAUGUAACUAUAUUUUUUCUUUGUCAUUUAAAAAGCUUCUAUUUUUGAUUAUUCUCAUGAAUGGUUGACAAAAGAUAUUGAAUAUGCUCCCAUACAAUAAAUUCCCCUCUGAAA